GAAUUUAUUAUAUGAAAGUGAUGAUGAUGAUCAAAUGGAAGAUGUUCAAUCUACUUCUGAUAAUUUUAUAAUCGAUGAACUUUUAUCAGAAGUUAGUAUCGAUUUUUCUAAAACUGCAAGCCUAGAAAAUUUAUUACAUAAAUUAAAAGAGAAAUUCGAAAACAUUGAUGACAAACCAGACCUUUCG